GCUUAAGAUGGCUUGGAAUCUGUCGUGGUACCAUGGGAUUGAAAACCUAUUGCAACUGACAAAUUAUGAGAAGGAAGCAGAAACAUUUUUAGACUCGCUAAAACUAUCCUCAGAAGACAUUCUUAUACUCAAAAUAACCCACACAAACUAUGGACUGCAAGAUUGUCUUAAUUCAAUCAUUCAGGCAGUAUCCCACAGGGAUGUUAGGGCUGCUCUCACUAGGCUUAGUUUUUAUGCUCUGAAUGACAGACUUGCAUUAAAAUGCAGUUCUGGGUCGUGUGGAGACACUUUGAAGAGCUUUGUUUGGCAAAAAGCAAUAAACAGGUUUCUACAAGUGCUUCCAGCUUCUGUAGAGGAUGAGAAGCUUUUAGUGGAUGUCUUAAGAUUUUUAAACAAAUUGCUCAGAGAGCAGAGAUCAAGUUUGGAGUCAGACCAUCUUAAGUGGAUCCUGAAAUCAUUGCUUAAAAAUAAGCCAAAAUCACUUUUGGGCUUCCUGGUGCAACCAGAAUCCCAAGUGCAGGAUGAAAUAGAUGAAGUACAGACUGCUGUCAGGCAGCAACUGGAUAAAGAACUCCUCCGUCUUUUUAACACAUUGUUAUUUUGUUCCGUGUCGGUGACUGACAGAGAGGGCUUGGAACUUGCUGGCUCUUUCAGAACUGAGCUGGCUCAGAAGCUGCUACAGUGCUUAAGGCUAACAGAUGCACCACAUUUUUAUGGACUUCCUUCACUGGAGAGAACAUUACAAGGAAUGGUUCAUGUUACUGCAUUUCCAGGCUGGAGUACCUAUUCAGCUGCAGUUGAACCUGUUACUAUUUGUAAGAAAUAUUUAACAGGUCUUCUUGAGGUAGGUAGUUUAUAACUUAGCUUUUGGGUUGAAUGCUUGUAAAGAACUGUGUAACUAAUGACACUAUAAUUUAUAGGCUGUACUUUCGGUGAAUAUCAUCACUAGGAAUAGGUGUGGGAAAGGUGCUUUUUUCUGCUAAGUAAAUAGCAAAAAAUAUGGAGACUAGACUGAGUGAUGUGUAUCUGUACUU